CUCCCGCCUCCGGCACCGGCGCCCCCUUCCUUCCCUUCCCUUUCCUUCCUUCCUUCUCUUCCUCCCGGCUCCCCCCGCCACGCCAGCGCGGGGCUCGGGCGGAGCGUGCAGGCCGCGGUCCCGCCGGCGGCGAGCGGGCUGACAGGGGCCUCCCGCCGCAGGUGAGGGGCCCGGCCGCCGCCGCCGCCCUUUGUGUGGGCCUCGCCGGGGCGGGGGCGGCCCCGGCCGGGCAGGGACCCCCCACUCCACCGCGGGGCCUCCCGGCGCGGCGGCGGCGAAGGCCUCGGGCCGCCGUCACCGCGUUUGUCCGCAGGCCGGCGGGGCCGGAGGAGCCCGUCCCAUGGGGAGAGGCGAGCGGCGGGACGGGCCUCGCCGCGGGCUGCGGCGGCGGCGGCUGGCCUGCGAGCUCCCCGGCCGCCCCCGCGCCCCGCGGCCCCGCCGCGCCUCUCCCUGAGGCGGCCUCGGCCCGGCUGUGGGAGGCCCGGACCAUGCCGGAGCGGGCCGUGCCGCGGGCCGCUUCUCCAGUUUGAAAGUACCUCUGCUUUCCCGUCUUCUCUCCUUAAAUGGUUGUCGCUUCCCACCUCCCACGGAGGGAUGAGUUAGGCUCGGAGCUGGCGCCGAGUCGGGUACCCGUGCAGAGCCCUCGGUAAGCCAAGAGCGAGCUGCUCCCUGGGCUGCUUCCCUCGCCCUUCCCAAAUGCGAGCACAUUGCAGCCAUCACGGAGAAGGGCCUCCUCUUGUCUUCAAGGCACUUGCUUCUGCCUCCUAUUCUUUUGUCCAAAAUAGAAAAAGCCAAACCAAAUCAGUCCACAAAGAACUUGUGCUGAUCUAAGGAGGAGGCUCUGGAGUCCCAGUCACCUCUUUGCUUCCCAAGAUCCUGGCUGUGGGCUGGAUUUUCUGUCCUCGACUUCAGGGGAUCAGCUACGGGGAAUCAGGAACUUGGAUACUUUUGAUUUUUGUUUUUACUUGAACCCUUUCAACUGAGAAGCUGAAGCUGUCACUGCUAAAAUCCCGUUUUUUUUUCCCAAGCAUGUCAGAAAGCUGGCAGCAGCAACAGCAGCAACCACAGCAGCCGCCGCCACCGCAGCAGCACCACGCUGGGGCAGCCGCCCUCCCAGAGCACUCCAUCCCGCCCAGCACUGCUGACAACCCCUUGGGCUGUGCCGUCUACGGCAUCCUGCUCCAGCCGGACCCUGGUCUGCAGCACCACCAGCACGCCCCCAUCCAGGCUGGAGAGCCGUCCCACAAAUGCGGUGUGUGUGGCCACGACCUCGCUCACCUCUCCAACCCCCAUGAGCACCAGUGCUUGCCAGGCCAUGACCGCUCUUUCCAGUGUACCCAGUGCCUGAAGAUCUUCCACCAGGCCACUGACCUCCUCGAACACCAGUGCAUCCAGGUGGAGCAGAAGCCCUUUGUGUGUGGCGUCUGCAAGAUGGGCUUCUCCCUCCUGACCUCGCUGGCACAGCACCACAAUGUCCACAAUGGCAACGCCAUGAAGUGCUCUAUCUGUGAAAAGACCUACAAGCCUCCCGAGGCAGAGCAUUCACAGCCUCUCGACCCCUCGGAGAAGCCCUACAGCUGCUCUAUCUGUCAGAAAACCUUCAAGCACCUCUCGGAGCUGUCCCGGCACGAGCGCAUCCACACGGGUGAGAAGCCGUACAAGUGCACACUGUGCGACAAGAGCUUCAGCCAGUCGUCCCACCUGGUGCACCACAAACGGACGCACAGCUCGGAGCGGCCCUACAAAUGCACCGUGUGCGAGAAGACCUUCAAGCACCGCUCCCACCUGGUGCGCCACAUGUACGCGCACUCAGGGGAGCACCUCUUCAAGUGCAACGUCUGCGAGCUGCACUUCAAGGAGUCGUCGGAGCUGCUGCAGCACCCCUGCACGCCCAGUGGGGAACGGCCCUUCCGCUGCGGCGAGUGCCAGAAGGCCUUCAAGCGCCCCUCGGACCUGCGGCAGCAUGAGCGCACGCACAGCGAGGAGCGGCCCUUCAAGUGUGACCUCUGCCAGAUGAGCUUCAAGCAGCAGUACGCGCUCAUGCGCCAUCGCCGCACGCACAAGGCCGAGGAGCCCUUCAAGUGCAACCUGUGCGAGAAGGGCUUCGUGCAGCCCUCGCACUUGGUGUACCACCAGCACGUGCAUGGCAUAGAAAACCUCUUCAAGUGCAACGUGUGCCAGAAGGGCUUCAACCAAUCCUCAGAGCUGCUGCGGCACAAGUGCGUGCAGAACGCGGAGCGGCCCUUCAAGUGCGCGGUGUGCAACAAGUCCUACAAGCGGGCCUCGGCUCUGCAGAAGCACCAGCUGGCCCACUGCGCCGAGAAGCCGCUCAAGUGCACGCUCUGCGAAAGACGUUUCUUCUCCUCCUCCGAGUUCGUGCAGCACCGCUGCGACCCGGCCCGCGAGAAGCCCCUCAAGUGCCCCGACUGUGAAAAGCGGUUCAAGUACGCCUCGGACCUGCAGCGCCACCGGCGUGUGCACACGGGCGAGAAGCCCUACAAGUGCCCCUCCUGCGAGAAGGCCUUCAAGCAGCGUGAGCACCUCAACAAGCACCACAGUGUGCAUGCCCGGGAGCAGCAGUACAAGUGCAUGUGGUGCGGGGAACGGUUCCUGGACUUGGGCCUGCUGCAGGAGCACAGCGUCCAGCACACGGCCGAGGGCGCCUACCAGGUGGCUGCCUGCUUGCCGUGAGCCUCCCGCCUCGGCAGCUUUCAGCUUGCAUGUGACGCUCUUGAGCCUCAGCCUCCCCUUCCCUCUCCUCUGUUGCAGACGGCCUCCAGGGAGUUUGGGGGAAAGGGGAGGUAUGGUGGGCGGGCAGGUAAACUUUCCUCUGGCCUCUGUGGUUGACACGCCACCUGUAUCACAGGGCCAGCGGACUACGUGAAAAGCUCGAAGGGGUGGAGAGGAAAGGAGGGAAGUGGGGAGAGGAAACUGCCUGUAGUUGCCUGGCGUCCCCUGGGCUGUAGUUUGCGCUGUACCUGCAGUUCCAGUGCUGGGAGCUCAGCUGUCUGCUGCGGGCACCAGCCCUUUGCGUGCAGCCUUUUUCCCCUGCCCUGCCUGGCGGGGUCAGUGGGGAGGGCUGGGUAACUCUCCUCCUCCUGGAGAGGGCUUGGGAGCAAGGCAGAGCCAGCCCCCCCUUCUCGUGGGGUGUGCUGCUCGGCGAGGAAGUAGCAGGUUUCCACUGCUGGGAUCUCCCACCUUUCUUGGUCCAAGCUCAGCUGAAAGGACCAUUUCAGAUUGUUAGUGUUGAUUGACUGCCCCAAACUCCCCUGCUCUCCCUCUUUCUAGAGUGUAGAAAGGGAAAAGCCAUGGGGCUGCACAGCUCCAAAAAGCACUUUGACAUUGCUGCUUUUGCAGUCGCUGUCUGUCACACUCUGCAAGGGUUCUGAGCGAGCCUGCCCACCCCCUGUCCCUGCCAGCAGCAUGGGGAAGAGUAGCAAGCGCUGCGCCGCUACCGAAGAGCGUGGCGAGGAGAGCCUCUGUGCCCUACUCCUUGCCGAGAGCCUGGCGUUUAAGAGCUGCUUCCUGGGGGACCUAGCUCUCCUGCCAAGACUUACCUCCAGGCCCCUUCCCUCUUUGCACCGCUUGGGCUGUUAGCGUACCUCCAGGGGGGGUCAGGCAAAGGGCCAUCCCAGCAGUUCGAACACUAAAGGGCAAGACGAACACUACUACUAACGUACAACUUUGGAGGUGUUACCAUUACUGAUGGUAACCCACGCUGUGUGCCAGGGGCUUGGUGUCUGAUUUGCUGGGGGGAACCAGAGCAAGCCAGGAGAAUCCUUCCUGGCCUGUGGUCUCAGCUUCACGGGGAGGGGAAGGUUAGCAGUGGGUAAAGGAGGAGUGUAUUAUUUUUCCCCUCUUGCAGGAGUCUUGUUUUACCCCUUUACUCUUUCUUUACCUCUUCUGUAUUUUUCAGGUUUUGCACAGUUCUUGUAAACAUCACUUAAAUAAAUUUCCCCUAGCAAGGUC